AUGUUGUAUCGCAAUCCAUGCGCGGUGACAGGCGCUCUACCAUCCUUACUACCCCUCGAUCCUAGAAUCACUGCCUUCCAUGAGCAGCUACCAGGAUACAAACCAACACCACUCCGAUCUCUUCCUCGAUUAGCUCAAGAGCUGGGGAUCGGACAGGUAUUGCUGAAGGAUGAAUCUGUGCGACUAGGUCUCCCUGCGUUCAAGAUUUUGGGAGCGUCAUGGGCUACGUACCGCGCAAUCAUCAGAUAUCUAGGUCUUUCUUCCGGCGCGGCUAUAUCUCUAGAAGAAUUGGCACGAGCUUGCAGCGGUAAGAACAUCACGCUGAUCGCAGCGACGGAUGGCAAUCACGGACGUGCCGUUGCGAGGAUGGCUAAUCUGCUUGGUGUGAGCUGUGUGGUCUACAUUCCGAAAGGCUUGGACGUUGCAACAAGAGAGCUGAUCGCAGGAGAAGGCGCGCGAGUCCUGGAGACGCAAGGCGAUUAUGAUCAUACAGUCCUCCAAGCGAGCGAGGCUGCGUGCGCGCUCAAAGGAGGUAUUUUAAUUCAGGAUACGGCGUUUGAGGGUUAUACAGAUAUCUCACAGGUACGUCUGACAUUCUUGCAGAGCGAAAAGACUGGACACACUCAUCUAUAUGCGUAUCCCCCGCUUCAGUGGAUCGUGGAUGGGUACUCGACAAUGUUCACCGAGCUGGAUGAACAGACAUCACAAUUAGCAGGAAGCAAGCAUGCGGAUGUCGUAAUCGUCCCUGUGGGCGUAGGUUCGCUCGCUCAGGCUGUUGUCACACACUACAAGCGAUCGGGACGCAUAAACCGUACCAGCAUCGUCACUGCUGAGCCGGACACGGCAGCAUGUCUCAACCGAUCCCUGCGCAAUGCCCAAACAGACACGUCGUCUGGAGCACCGGCAGGUAUCCCUACGAGCUCCACCAUCAUGACUGGUCUGAACUGCGGCACUGUGUCUCCGCUGGCAUGGCCGCUGCUUUCCAACGGUGUAGAUGUAUCGGCAUCUGUAGCAGACAUUGAGGCCCAUAGUGCAGGAGAAUACCUUCGCUCUGAAGGAGUCAAUAUAGGUCCAUGUGCUGCGGCACCGCUCGCUGCGCUUCGCCAACUGGUCGCUCAGCCAGACGGGCUACUGACACCCGACAGUGUAGUCGUCCUGCUUGCGACAGAGGGUCCGCGUCCCUAUCCAACCCCUCUUGACACAACGACGACCGACCCAGUUGCGCUUACGCAGAUUCUGACUCGAAUCGACUCGUCUAAUCCAGACUUAAGCGCAGGUGCGGGUGCAGGAGAGACGGCAAUCGCUGACUAUCUGUGCGCCUGGCUCGCACAUCACGAAUUCGAAGUCCACCGCCUUGAGGCGCACGAGGGUAGACCGAGUGUCAUUGGCGUGGCGCGAGGCAGCGGUGGAGGGAAGGCCCUGAUGUUUAACGGGCAUAUUGACACGGUGACGUUGGCCGGAUACGAUGGUGAUCCUCUAAGUGGAGCCAUAAUCGAUGGCGCAGUACAUGGCCGAGGAACGUUCGACAUGAAGGCGGGCAUUGCGGCUUCACUCGUUGCAGCCUAUCGUGCGAAGGAGCGACAAACUUUGCGGGGUGAUGUUAUUCUUGCGCUUGUUGCAGAUGAAGAAAAUCUGAGCCUUGGGACGCAAGAGGUACUUGCCGCGGGUUGGCGUGCAGAUGGCGCGGUCGUCAGUGAACCGACCGAACAUGGGCUGAUGCUCUCUCACAAAGGUUUCGUAUGGGCGGAAGUGGACAUCAUCGGAAAGGCGGGACAUGGAUCUCGCCCGGACCUGGCCAUCGACGCGAUCGCAAAGGCUGGUCACUUCCUCGUUGCGCUGGAGAAGUACGGGGAAGAGCUACUGCAUGGUCAAAAGUCAGUGCCGCAUCCUCAUUUAGGGACAGGAACGGUCCAUGCGAGUCUGAUCAAGGGCGGGGAGGAGAUCUCGUCAUACCCAGCACUGUGCACGGUUUCCAUAGAGCGAAGAACGGUCCCCGGAGAGACCCCCGCCCUCUUUGAACAGCAGAUACAAGAAGUUCUGGACGGACUUUGUGAAAGCGUGCAAGAUUUUAAGUACAAAUUACGGCUUGGAGACUCGAGACCACCGUAUGAGAUCAGAGAAGACCAUGAGUUUGUGAAAUUGUUUGCGAAGCAUGUCAAAAACGCGUUAGGGGAAGAUGCAGAAAUGACAGGAGCAACGUACUGGGCAGAUAGUGCGCUACUGGCAGAAAAGGGGAUACCGGUGGUUCUAUUUGGAGCACAAGGGCGGGGCGCGCACGCUGCUACGGAAUGGGCAACUGUCGACAGUAUCCACAAGGUCACUGGAGCACUUACAGGAUUAGCUUUAGAGUUCUGCGCGUAA